UUUAUAUGUGUCAUUGUUUUUCAAACUUACUUAUAUAUCAAGGAAAACAAUCAAUAUCAAUUACCAAAAAUGGCUCAACAUCAUACCAUUUCAGGUCUUAUUGGGAAGCUUGUGACCGAAUCAGAAGUUAAUUGCGAUGCUGAAAAAUAUUACAAAAUAAUUAAGCACCACGAAGAUGUACCUAAUGCAACCCCUUAUGUUUCCGAUGUCAAAGUUACUGAAGGACAUGGUACCACUUCGGGUUGUGUCAAGCAAUGGAACUUUGUUGUUGCGGGUCGAAACGAAUAUGUCCUUGAAAAAACAACAUACAAUGAUGAAACAAGGACAAUAUGUCACAGUGACUUUGAAGGAGACCUGAUGAAGAAAUACAAGAAGUUUGAUGCAAUCCUUGUAGUUAAGCCAAAGGAUAAUGGACAUGGUAGUAAUGUGAGAUGGACUAUUGAAUAUGAGAAGAAUAACGAGGAUUCUCCGGUUCCAAUUGAUUAUCUAGGUUUCUUCCAAUCGUUAAUCGAUGACUUGAACUCUCAUCUUUGCUCCUCUUAAUAAUUUGGAUUGAUGAUACGUAUCAACACCUUCUACGUACAGUUCGAUCGCUUAUGUGGGUAUGUAUUUGUGUGAUAAUAAAUAGUAUGUGGAUUUUUCACAAUAUAUACAAUAAUGUGCAUACAUGCACGUGUGAUUUGUCUUAUUUAUUUUCAUUAUCAUUUUUUGUCAUGUUUUAAGGCGUAUAAUAUGACUUUAAGUCAUUCGAGCGGUUUCUAGUCUAUAGGUACACUGUCAAUAAAAACCCUCAUCAUGAAUUAUAUUGUGUAUAAAAAGUUGUUUCUUAUAUCAUGUUU